AUGUUGAGGUUGCAGGCAUUUUCAAUGGCCGACUACAAUCACGUGACCUUUCGCUCCCCAUGCGUCAUUCCUACUUCACUCCAUUCCCACCGUCAAUCGCGAUCGGUAUCUUUUCCAACCACACGGACACGUUUCCGAUCACUCCCCACUGUCAGGAUAUGCAGCACUUCCGUUGCUUGCGAUAUGGGAGGUCGCUUAAGAAUGAGUGGUUUUUAUGAUGUUGAGCUUAAAGUCCGAGAAUAUGAGCUUGAUCGGUAUGGCGUGGUUAACAAUGCUGUCUAUGUAGAUUAUUGCCAGCACGCUUUUAAUGAACAUUUAGAAAGCGUCGGCCUGAGUGCUGAUGAAGUUGCCCAAACCGGUGAAGCAAUGGCUUUGUCAGCAUCGUCUCUGAAAUUCAUUGCACCUCUAAAGAGUGGAGACAAGUUUGUCAUAAAGUUGCGGAUGACUAACUCCUCAGCCGCUCGCCUGUAUUUUGAGCAUUUCAUUUUCAAGCUGCCAAAUCUAGAGCCUAUCUUCGAAGCAACGGCCACAGUAGUGUGGCUUAAUAAAGACUAUCACCCUGUCCGUAUUCCAUCGGAGGUGAUAUCUAAAUUUGUCCAGUUUCAUCGCCAUAAGGAGUCUAGCUAA